UUCAAAGUGGAAUUACAUGUCCCGACAGAAACAAGGAUACAAUCAGUGAAUUGGGCGGGGACGAGUUGAAAUGUGAAUCACCACAAAACGGAAAUCGCUUCCUCUGAAUACUUAUUUUGCGUUAUUUGAAUGUUGGUUGCUGUUAAAGAUCAUACGUGAUUACACCUCUAAAGGAUACUUCACACCUUAUCUUCUUGAGCAGGUGCACAAAGAAGGCAACCAUGCCAAAGCCGGUGAAUGUACGCGUCACGACGAUGGACGCAGAGCUGGAGUUUGCCAUUCAGCCAAACACCACAGGCAAACAGCUCUUCGACCAGGUUGUGAAGACUAUAGGUCUACGAGAAAUCUGGUUUUUCGGUCUCCAAUACGUGGACACAAAGGGGUAUUCAACAUGGCUGAAGCUCAACAAAAAGGUGCUGAGCCAAGAUGUCAAGAAAGAGUCCCCACUCCAGUUUAAAUUCCGUGCCAAAUUCUUCCCAGAGGAUGUCUCUGAAGAACUUAUUCAGGAAAUCACACAGAAAAUGUUCUAUUUGCAAGUUAAAGAUGGUAUCCUAAAUGAUGACAUCUACUGCCCGCCGGAAACCUCCGUUCUUCUGGCGUCAUAUGCGUGCCAGGCAAAGUUUGGCGAUUACAAUUCAGAGGUGCAUGAAUCGGGCUUCCUAGCCAAUGAAAGAAUUCUUCCAGAAAGAGUGUUUACCCAACACAAGUUGACAAGGGAUCAGUGGGAAGAGAGAAUCAAGAACUGGUAUGCUGAACACACCAGCAUGCUAAGAGAGGAUGCCAUGAUGGAAUACCUGAAGAUUGCCCAGGACCUUGAGAUGUACGGUGUAAAUUAUUUUGAAAUCAAGAACAAAAAAGGAACAGAUCUGCUGCUGGGAGUCGACGCACUUGGUCUCAAUGUUUAUGAAUUUUCAGAUAGACUAACGCCCAAAGUGGGAUUCCCCUGGAGUGAAAUUAGAAAUAUUUCAUUUAGUGACAGAAAGUUUAUCCUUAAGCCAAUUGAUAGAAGGGCGCCCGACUUUGUGUUCUAUGCCCCACGGUUAAGAAUCAACAAGCGCAUCCUAGCGCUGUGCAUGGGCAACCACGAGUUGUACAUGCGCAGACGCAAGCCCGACUCCAUUGAGGUGCAACAAAUGAAGGCACAGGCUCGCGAGGACAAGAUGGCCAAGCAGACAGAGAAAGCACGUCUGGAUAUUGAACGGCAGAAGCGGGACGACGCCGAGAACAAACGCAAGGAACUGGAGGAGAUGUUGAAGAAGUACCAGGAAGAGAGUGAACGCAACAGGAAAGCUCUGGAGGAUUCUAACAGCCGUAUUGGACAGCUAGAGCGUGUGGUGGACGACUACAACAAGGCCCAGGAGGAGAUAGCAGACCAGAGGCGCAAGGCCCUGGAGCUGGAGAGACAGCUACAGGAGACUGCAAACCUGCACGAGGAGGAGAAAAUGAGACUGGAGGCCGAGUACCUGGCAGCCAAGAUGGAGGUUGAGAAGAGUGAGACCCAGCUGGCGGAGCGUGACGACAUGAUGUCCUCGAUGCAGGCCCAGCUUGCACUGGCACGAGACCAGGCCCAACGCGACCAGGAGGCGCUGAUGAAGGCCAUGGAGUCCAUGCACUUGAAGGAAGAUAAGGAGGAGGACGACCAGGAGCAUGGAGAUGCUGAACUACAGGUUGAUGAGAGCAUGGUGAACAUGCCCCGGUAUGAGGAGGAGAGAGAGAUUGAGAUAGAGAAGAACAAGCGGCUGCAGCAACAGCUCAGGGAGCUGGAGGCUGAGCUGCAGGAGAAGAAAGACGAUUCAAAACAGACGCGCAACGACCAGCUGCACUUGGAGAAUGUGAAGCAAGGCCGCGACAAGUACAAGACUCUCAAGCAGAUACGCGCCGGAAACACGAAAAAACGUGUAGACGAAUUCGAGUCCAUGUAGACCAUGUCAAAAUCGCGGGACUAUUGUACUAUAAAUUAGAAUUAUGUAUCAAAUUUAUAUCAGCAUCUCACGCUUGUCAAAUGAUUUAAUGUUUUUCAGCAGAAAACGAUGCAACAGUGAUGUUUGACAAGCCUGUCUGUUAUUGAUGUUAUGUAUGGUUUUCAAGGUGACCAUGGUGCCAAGGCAAUUGUUCAUUGUUACAGAAUAGAAAAUGUUAAACAUGCAUUUAUGAUAUCAAAUUCCAUUGGGCUCAUUUUCAGUUUGCAGCACAUUUUUGGUAGUAUUACGCUAGCUUUAGUUAAUAAAUUGUUUCAGCUAUUUAGUUUAUAUUCAAAUCAUUCUUCCAUUACCAUGUAUGCAGAAGGAAAGGUUAAGAAAUGGCUGGUUGGUUUCUUCAACUGAACUUUUUUUUACAUUUACAAUUAGAGAACAGUGGUUGUAAAGUCUACUAUGGAUAAAAUGAUAGCAUUAAAGGCUUAUUUACCUGAUAAAAUCACAUUUUUUCUAGAUUUUGUAAUGUUUAUUUGACCUUGUUGCACAUUUGCAUUGUUCAUGUAUGCUUUUAUAACCAAGCAAAAUACUGAAUGAAGCAAAGGCACAUCUUAUAACUGAAGCUUUUGGGAUGGUAGCUCUCGGUUGAAUGCCUCAUAGGUCAAACCGUGUUAUAUAAAAGCCUUAUUAGUUGUGUUAGAACUUUAAAUAAUAAAGCACAGAUUUGUUCAAUUUAUAUAUUUAUAUAAUAUGUUGUAUACACGUCACGUAGACUGGAUACUGUAUGAUUGGUUACAAUGGAAUGAUAGAAUUAUUGAUUUCCUCGCUGAUUUCUUUAUGUACCCAAGAUGAUGUGUAAUCGCGUUGAUGUACAAGAAUGGUGUCUGUUAAAAAAGUUAUGUUUUUUUAAUGAUCAAAUAUUUAAUCUUGCAAUAAAUGUUUAUUUAACUAUUGUAUAUUUGAAAUUUAAAACUUGCCAUGUGAUAUCUAUCGGAAAUGAGUAGAAAAAAAAUUGCAACAGAAAGUAUGCAAACAAAAUUGUUGCACGUGGAGAUAUUUUCCAUGCAUUAGGACCAGUAUAUUUGGUAAACGGUGUUAAAUAGAGUGAAGUUCAAAUGUAGAUGUUAAAUAUUUGUAAUUAUUAUUGAAAUUGAUCAUGUGGCAAGGUUUAUUUGAUGAAUUGGCAAUCUUUUGAUACAUUGGUAUUAUAUGGAAUUAAGGCGUUAGACUGUGAACAUGCUCAUUUUCAUUUAGUUUUAACUCUUCAGUUUGAAUGUGUUCAGAUAAUUUUGAUCAUAUUUGCAAAUCAGACGGCUAGUUAAAUAAAAUUACACUAAAAAACAGGGAAAAUUAUUCUUGCACUUACCAAUUGAAUCCCAUAGUGUCUGAAUCUAACUUACACAUAUUCCUAUUCCAGUGGGAGUCUAUUAACCCUUUGCAUGCUGGGAAAUUCGUCGUCUGCUAAAUUGUCGUCUGCUGAAUUUCUUAAAUUAGCAUAUUUUUUAUUUUUUUUUAAAAGAAUACUAUCAGAAUAGCAAACAGUUUGGAUCCUGAUGAGACGCCACAUUCUGUGGCGUCUCAUUUGGAUCCAAACUGUUUGCAAAGGCCUUCAAAAUUCGGUUCCAGCACUGAAAGAGUUAAAUGCAACAUUUUGUGUGUGGUUGUACAUACAUCAUAUGUCGAUAACCUUUGAUGUCAUAUAUAGUGUGUAGUUGAUGGCGUAAUUUAUAUUAUAUGGAGUGUGAUGUGUCGGUUUGUAGUUUUUUAUGUUUUUGUUGGAUUGUUACUGGGGAGUCGAUAGCUGGUGCUAUGGGGGGCAGUAACUCCCACCUGUCUGCUGGGUUUGAAAAUGGGCAAUAUCUUUAAGAUGGAGUGAGAAUACUAAGAACUUCCAUUGAGCCUCAUUGUGUGAAAACUUGCCUUAAUGCAUGUGCGUAGGGUCGUCUCGGAUUACUGAGAAACAUCACUUUCUGCUUAAACUGGAUUUUGGUUUUGAAAAGACUUCCUUCAAAUGAAAAUUUUUAUAAGAAUGUAAAGCGACUUCCCUAAUUUGCGAAGACACUUUACACACAUGUUUGAUUAUUUUUUUUUAUAAGACUUGCAAAAUGACCGAAUUUUUUCAUGAAUAAUAACCUAACAAUAAACUUUGACCAUGAGGCUGAAUAGUUUUUGUGUAAAAAAACACAAUUAAAUGUGCAUUAAUCUGAACUAGAUAAAGUGUCACUUUUUUUUAAUUAAGAGUUAAAUGAGUUUUGCGGACCUAUUUUUGGGCUCAGCCGAUGUCAACUUGAGUUUGGCCUUCAUAGACUCUGGCAGGACUCCCCAAAUGCAACAUUUAAACAGAAUAUUGUAUAUUCACUAAUGUCACCUGUAUUCGCUCUAUGUAGUCUUCUUUUGCGCUGGUAAAGAAAUAAAAGUGUUUAAAUGUUUCCUUAUAAGUUUUUUUUGCUUAUGAAUGAUUGACAGAAUUUGGCAUAGCAAGUGUUCAUGCAUUCCUAUAGAUAUAUUUUUGCAAAAAAACACAUGUGAUCCCUUGUUCUUGGCCAGUGCAGUCUUUUUAAGUUAUUUCUUACAUUUUCUUGCCACUUUAUAUAUGUUAAAAAUGUAUCUUUUUCUCAUCUUCAAACUUUCGAAUGAACUUGCCCUAUGACAAAUGCACUGUCUCAAUAAGUUAAUGAGCUAGGGAGCGAGAGAAAAUUCCUGUAUGCAAUCACAAACUUUCUGUUAAGAGCAAAACUAAAAAGAUAAACCAUUCCACAAAA